AUGUCACAGCCUUUGCCAAUUGAUCUCGUUGAGAUCCCAGGUGUCACAUCCGAGAAGCCAAAGCCAACUGGUCUUUGGUCUUCCAACCCACUUUUCUCCUUCUUGAACAACGCCUAUGAGAACAUUGCAGAGCAUCGUCGCACACUCAACCUGACCAACCCAGGUACCAUGGAGAACUUGAGCAAGGAGGUCACCAGAGACGUCUUCCUCAACCAGUACUUCUUCACAGGUCUCAGAGCUGACCUGAACAAGGCCUUCUCCAUGAACCCGGCUUUCCAAACCUCCCACACUUUCUCCAUCGGAUCGCAAUCCAUCCCUCCAUAUGCCUUCUCUGCAUUGUACGCAACCGAUACUUUCUUUGCCCAGGGUAACAUUGACAACGACUUCUCCCUCUCUGGUAGAUUGAACUACGGCUGGGACAAGUUCAACGUCUCGAAGGCUACUCUGCAGAUUGUCAGAGGCCAACCAACCAUGCUCCAACUUGAACAAGAUUUCCAAGGUUCUGAUUACUCACUGAACUUGAAGGCUUUGAACCCAUCUUUCCUCGAUGACGGAAACUUCACCGGUGUUGCUGUUGGUUCCAUCUUGCAAUCUAUCACUCCAAAAUUGGCUGUUGGUUUGGAGACCGUUUAUUCCGCACAACCAUCCAUGCCAGCUGACGCUGCAGUUUCUUACUACACCCGUUACAACGCUGGAAACUGGAUUGCUAGUGCUCAGCUCCAAGCCCAAGGUGCCCUUGUCGCCUCCUUCUGGAGAAAAGUUGCAGAGAACGUUGAGGCUGGUAUCGAAACCCAAUUGUCUUCCCAGAUUGUCCCAGUUGCCGGUGGUGCCCUUCUCGGUGGUCAACCAUCAUUCAAGGUGAACUUUGAAGGUGUCACCACCAUUGGUGCUAAGUACGAGUUCCGUCAAUCCGUCUUUAGAGGCCAAGUCGACUCCACUGGUAAGGUUGCUGCUUUCCUCGAGAGAAGAAUCCUUCCAACAGUCUCUGUUCUCUUCUGUGGUGAAAUUGAUCAAUCCAAGUACGCCUCGAAGAUUGGUGUCGGUUUGACCUUCGAAACUGCUGGAUCUGAACAGCUCGCCUUGAUGCAACAAGGCCUGAUCGAUGCCAACGGUAACCCAGUUCCAGGUGCUCCACAGAUCUAA